CAUUCUUAAAGUAAAAUGUCGGCAGCAGAAUACAAGAAAAAACUAAACGACAUCCAAAGGACAGGAGAUAACAAGACAUGCUUUGAUUGUGGAGCACCCAACCCACAAUGGGCAAGUAUUUCAUAUGGAAUUUUUAUUUGCUUGGACUGUUCAGGUGUGCAUCGCUCUUUUGGAGUCCACAUAAGUUUUGUGCGCUCCAUUACGAUGGAUAAGUGGUUUGACGACCAAUUGAAAAAGAUGGAGCUGGGAGGUAAUCGAAAUGCAAAGGUCUUUUUCGAUUCUCAGCCUGAUUACACCAAGGAUAUGCCCAUGAGUGAAAAGUAUCAUACCCACUGUGCUGAAUUAUAUCGCGACAAGCUGUCAGCAGAGGCAGAAGGCCGUCCUUGGACUCCCACCCCUUCAUUAAGAACAAAAACAACAAACAGUACUCGCACCUUGGGUCGGUUUGGAUCCACUGAACAACGAUCCAGUAGUUCUUUAGCUUUGUCGGGUGGGUUUGGUAGUGACUCUUACCAGAGCAACAAUAACAGUGCUAAUUCCUUUAGAGCGGAAGAACUAAGUACAAAAGCUCGCAACGAACAAUACUUUUCUCAACUUGGUAAUGCGAAUGAAUCAAGAUCAGAUCGCUUACCGCCCAAUCAGGGAGGUAAGUUUACAGGUUUUGGAAAUCCUCAAUUUGACGAUGAUUAUCAGUCAUCAAGAGGAGGAGGAGGGGGCGGAAAUGUUGAUCUUCGCGAAAUCAUCAAUGAUCCCCGCGUUGCAGUUGAGAAGGGCUGGUCUUUGCUUUCAUAUGUGGGUAAAGCUGCGGUAGAACUCGGGCGUUAUGCGAAUGAUACAUACGUAAAGCCUGCAGCUGCUCAAUUAGCAGAUCCCAAUUUUAGAGGCCAAGUUCGAGAUAAUGUAAACAACUAUGUGAAUUCGUUUUCACAACCCAAGAAUACCUCGUAUGGAGGGGGAGGAAAUUCUUAUAGCGGAGGAUCGUACAAUACAGUGUCUGGUUCAUCAACACCUUCGUUACGUUAUUCGGGCAUGGAGUCAUCUCACAACACAGAUACCCACGACGACGAUGAUUUCUUUGGUUCCAACUUGAACUCACAAGAACGCUUAACCCCGACUUCUGCUUCAACACCACCUGCUAAAAACAACCGUACAACAAGUUCUGCUAGUGUACGUGCCAGAGCCAAUUCCUCCACAAAAAAGAAAUCGGCUGACUCGGAUGAUGAGUGGAGUAAUUGGUAAAAACAAUCCUUUAGACUUUCAAAGAAAACUUGUACCAACAACAUCAUUCAUACUUACAUAUCAUUUAUACACAUAUAUAUAAAUU